AUGGCCAAGUCAAGCCACUGCUCAGCAUGCGGCGGCAUCCGCACCCUAGCCACUAAGGUUACCAAUCGGCUCAAAGUCCGUGUCCGUCCACGCAGCUAUUUGAGAUCAAUAAUAAUGACUACGGAGUACAUGCAGUUCUUCAACCGCUUUGUCCAGCAGAGCCUCGAGUCAUUCGGUUGUGAUCUCCUCGACACCACAGUAGGCUCUUGCAGGACAACAAUACACUCCCCAAAAAGGAUCUACACGAAAUCUGGGUUCAGCUGCUGCAUGCGGCAUGCAGUCGUCCUGAAAAUGUUCAAGGUGGGACGUGCCGUUACUUUCCCAGUCCUUAAGACGGGUAUAAUGGCCGGGUCAGUCGUCGGCCCGUUUAUGCUGGACCUGAGGAAUGUUGAAGUUGCGAUUUGUGGCGUAACUGAUGACUGGGAGCGAGCGCUGUCAUGGUUGAAAUUCGAGUACCACUGA